AUGACUCCUAUAACCUCCAUCAGCCCUCCCUGUCUCUCUCUGCUGCCUCCAGACGAUGCCAAUGAUCCUAGGACUACCUCCUCCUUUGACUCUCUCCUGCUCUUCCUCCCAUCUACAUCUGCAUUACCUCUGGAACUCCUAUAUUGUUUUGCUGUUGGGAACCUCAGGACAUACCUCAACUCUCACUCCUACCUCCGGACCUCCCCUACCACACCUCCACCUCCUCGGACCUCUUGUUCAAAGGAGAUGGAUCUACUUGUUGUUGGUAACUCUCAACUUGCCCAUCCACCCUCCUUACUUCUGGUCUCUGCACCUCUGGCACCUCCAGUCGUUUACCUCCGGUACCUCCCCACUCCUACCUUACCUCCAGUCAUGUUAUUCUUUAUUGUUUUAUCAUUUGAUAUUUUCUACAACCCCAAUCUUCUGGAUUACAACUUCCGGGCUCUGGACCUUUCCGGACAUCUUCCCCUGUAG